GAUUCACUCGAGCAGCGAGGUUUGGAAGGCUAGUGAGAAGGGCGUAGGGAGCAACUUGUUGACGGAGGGGCAGGGUUGGCGGGGCUAAAAUGGUCAACUUCAAAAAAGCAUCGCCGGUUCACGUCACAACCUUCCCGCGACUGAUCCACAUUCCCCCCACAGCCCACGCCCGGAAACUUAUCUCGAAUCGCACCCAACAGCCGCGCUAUUUGGCGAUCGCUUUGGCAUCCAACAACUCCUAUCAGACAGACAUAGCGAUUAUCAUCUGCAGAAUCGCCGUCCAAUCAGCAACCUUGCCUUCAGCCCUACCCGUCAAAGGAGCAGGGAGCGUCGUCCCGUCCACGCGUGCUGGCUGGCCGACGCAAACACGACGCUAGACAUCUUCAAUUGGAACUCGUUGUAAUCCACAACCAUGUCGGCAGCCGCGACGCCAUAUGCGCCUGCCUCAGCGCGAGCCUCAGUUGCACCCACAGGCUCUCAAACACCAGCCCUGCCUGCGCCGCCGCCGCCUCCUACCACGAACACCCCGACCCUCCCUGCGCCCUCGACGUUUGACAUGCUCCCUGACCUCCACAGGCUGCUCAAGCGCAUUCUCGAGACACCUGCCCAGCCGCCACCUGCGACGCCAACGCCUGCCCAGCUUGCCGCAGAGGGGCCUCUCGAGAUCCAACACGUCGCGACGGCAGCGAAUGACAUCCGCCUCAAGAUACAAAAGGCACGACGCGCCGUCACAGCCUUGCCGGACAUGGGUCGCACAUGUGAAGACCAAGAAGAUGAGAUCGAGGACCUGGAAGCGCGUAUUGCGCGGCUGAAGGCUUCUCUUAACGAGCUCGGUCGGCCGGUCGCUCAAGCAGAGGAUGCAGACGGAGACCAGAGACGCACGUCUGUCGACUGCAUGGACGCACUCGACCUAGCUCUCGCCCAGGGCUAAUGGCAGCUCGUCAUCAAGGCGAGGCCCAAGGACCAAGUGUCGACACUCCAAAC